AUGACAGUUGAACAACAACAACAACAAAAGCCAAUACAGCUCCAGUCUCAAAAUGGCAAGCCAGUUACAUACGUGAACCCGGAGCUUACUCCAGUCGAACAAGCCAAGCCUGGUCGUAAAGUUGAUCUUCCAUUCGGAUUCGGUCCAUUACCGGAAAAUCAAUCCAACAAGACCAUAUUCUUCUUCGAUAUCGAUAACUGCUUAUAUCCCAAGUCCACACGUAUAUUUGAAAUGAUGCAAGAAAAAAUACAUGACUAUUUCAAGCACAACUUGAAGUUGAAUGACGAAGAUGCUUCUAAAUUACACCAAGAUUAUUACAAGACCUAUGGUUUAGCCAUUGAAGGAUUGGUUCGCAAUCACCAAGUGGAUGCGUUAGAUUACAAUUCCAAAGUGGACGACGCAUUGGAUCUACACGCAGUAUUACGAUACGACAAACCGUUGAGAGACACAUUGUUGAAAGUGAAGCAGUCAGACAAAUUUGAUUACUUUUGGCUUGUGACGAAUGCGUACAAAAACCACGCCUUGAGGGUUAUUAGUUUUCUUGGAAUUGGCGACUUGUUUGAUGGGUUGACGUAUUGUGAUUAUGCCAAGUUCCCCAUUAUUUGCAAGCCAAUGAAAGCGUAUUUUGUUAACGUAUUUGACUUGACUCAGUUGAAUUACGAAAAUAAGGAAGUUUUGGCUAAACAAUGGUUUAUUGAUGAUAGCGAACUCAAUGUUAAAGCAGCAUACGAUUUGGGGGUGGGUCAUGUCAUUCAUUAUGUCGAACACGAUGAGGACAUCGCCAAGUUGAAACAGAAAACUGAUUUCAAAAAGUAUUACGAAUUAGGAUCCCCUGGCUCUAGGAUUCAAAUUUUAAGCAAGUUUUCAGAAUUACCGAAUAUUGUAGGUGUAUAG